UGGCAGUUGUUUCUUGCCGGCUUCUCAUGAAACCAAUACAUUUCACUAGUUGUAGCGCGAGAUCGGUCCGUGUUUUGGUUGUUUAGUUAUGCAGAUUCGGAGGGAGCUUAAGGGAAGGAAAAAUUUGAGCAUAAUAGAUUAGUGAAUGUCUGCUGAAUGCGAAUAUAAGAAAUCAGUGUGCCUUGUUUUGUACUGAAGUUCGGUAUCUACUAUCUGUUGAUUUAUUAGCUUCUGGGUUUCAAGGGAAGCGUCAGUUGGAACUCGGAAUUCUCUUAAUAUACGCGUUGUUGGGUAGUUUUAAGACUUAUGUCCAUUAUGUUAUCCUCACUAAUAGGUGGUUGUGUUCGGGAUGGGAUCUCUAAGUGUUUCGGUAAUUGUAAGGGAAUUUUUUUUUUUUUUAAGCUGUUCCCUUCUAUUACUGUUACUUUUAUAGUUCUUAUGGGAGUGGCACAGAGAUCAGAGAAGAUUAUGUGAAAUUUCCUUUGUACUGUGAAGAAGAGUUGAGCAGGAAGGAUCAUCGGGACGGGUGGAAGAAGUGUUGCCGCAUUGUUGACCUUAAACUAAAGGUUUUUUUUUUUUUUUGGGGGGGGGGGUUAGUUGUGGAAACUUGAUGCCCAAAAGCUCCUCUUUUUGAUUCGCAAGCCUAGUUGGUUUUUCCCUUUUUUGAGUUUUCAUCAUCAUGAUGGUCAUCUGCACCAUGUACAGAGUUUCACAAGGAUGGCUGGGAAAUCAAUCUGAUGCUUUCUGCAUUGUAUACAGGUCCUUGAAAAUUUAUCUCUUGAGUAUGAUACGUUUUGGUCACUCAUUUCUUUCAUGUUAGGAGAUGGGCUCCUAAAUUCUAGUUAGAUUUGGGAGGAUAUGAUAGGGGAAUAUUUCUUUUAUGGAGACUUUUCUAGGCCUCCAUUUCCUUUCUCCAUUAUAUAACGCCUGGCUUUAGAAUUAUCAUCUGAUAGAAGGGUUCCAGAUCCCUUGGAACCAGUAUCAUUCACAGAAAUGCAUUGGAAUUACUAAUUCUCUUGCUUCUUUUAGAAUUAUCGUCUGAUAUAUGGUUCUACAGGAAUGUGUAUGUUUUCAUGGAGUAUCAUGAUCAGAGCAGUUGGUGUAUUUUUGGCUCUGAUCUGGUGUUAUUCAUAUGGUUGUUUCUAAUUUAUCCUUGUUGAAUAUGCAAAGAGAUUGGGAGGCUUUGUUAUUGUUAUUGGAGGAUACCUUGUACUCAUUAUCUGCGCUCUUCUUCCUUAUAAUAAGUAAAUUAGGAUUUCGGAGCUUCAUUUUAUUUGGAUCUGUUUGGCUUCUGUUGCAGAUAGAUAAAUGAAGCAUAUUGUGAAGAUAUUGACGUUGUUAAUGGCCAUAAGUGCAUUAUGGGUUGGCCUUCUACAAACUUCUGUACUUCCUCGGAGCCAUACUUGGUUGCUACCCGUCUAUUUUGUAGUAUCUUUAGGAUGCUACGGUUUAUUGAUGGUUGGAGUUGGUCUCAUGCAAUUUCCAACUUGUCCUCAAGAGGCCCUUUUGCUGCAGCAGGACAUUGUGGAGGCAAAGGAAUAUUUGAAGCUAAGAGGAGUCGAUGUUGGUUCCAGCUAACGCUGUAAAUGUUUCGAAUUUUAGAUUCUUGAGUGGUUUUCCUUUUUGCAACGAUGAAAUUCUAAGGUAUACAAAGAGCAUCAUAUUUUUAACAUGAUGUGACACAUGUACCUUCUCCAGCAUCUUUGAUUUUUUCCUUUUUUAUGGAAAAUGGAUUUACAUCUUAUACAUUUCUUUGAUU